AGGCCCCGGGAGGAGUUUCCUGCUUUGCCUGGUCCGGGAGCCUUGGUUCAAGCACCUCCCUGCUGUCCUCCUCCUGCUCUCAGUCCCGGGUGCUGGACAGAACCCUCUGCCCCCCGAAGCUUCCUGGGGGCUUCCCCUGGACAGGACUGUCCUUGCUGGCACAGCUUCCCUGCUGUCCCUAGACCCUGUCCGUAACAGGCAGGUUGCUGCGCCCCCUGCUGGUGCCAUGAGGUCCCGGCUUCUGCUCUCCGUGGCUCCUCUGCCCACGAUUCGGGAGACCUCAGAGGAGAUGCUGCCCCCCGGGGGGCUUGGGCAGGAGCCCCCGGCCUCCCCCAGCCUGGAUGAUUACAUAAGGUCCAUCUGUCAGCUGGCACAGCCCACCUGCGUCCUGGACAAGGCCACAGUCCAAGACAGACUCAGCGGACCCCACCGGCCAGCUUGGGGCUUGGAGGAGACCUGCCCCACUGCCACCCUCCAGGACAGCAUCGCCCGCUUCGACGCACAGCAGCCCCCACGGCCCACGGCGGGCCCUGCAGACCCCCUGGACUGGCUCUUUGGGGAGUCCCAGGAAAAGCAGUCAAGUAGGAGAGAGCCAGACAGGAGGACUGGUGCCUCUGCUGGGCUCGGGGGUCUGCACAGGCAAACAGACAGCGGCAAGACCAGGGCCGUCCCCAGGGGGAAGCUCUGUGAAGCCAGGGCUCCUGGGCACUCUCUGGCGAGACCAUCACGGGACGGGCCCCAGAGCGCCAACCUCAGAAGCCACAUGGCUGGGCAGCGCGGCCGUACAACGGACUCCUCCUACAGCCCUCGUCCCAGCAGUAUCCUGAGGACUUUCUACCUGCACCUCCCCGUGAUCCACGAACUCUGAGCCCGCCCCAAUAAAGGCAUGUGCGCCAAGCA